CAUAGGCAAAGUUUAUAUUUAAAUGAUUGAAAAAGAUCCGUUGGCCUUUCUAUCCAAUGUCAUUGACCACAGGAUGGCAUUCGACGAGGACGAACCAGAUCAUGAUUUGCCAGACAAGAGUGUCGCAAAGGAGUUUUAUGCUCGUUAUGAACCCAAGGAAAUCCUUGGAAGGGGGGUCAGUAGUACGGUGAGAAGAGUGAAAGAGAAAUCAACUGGUAGAGAAUUUGCUGCAAAGAUUAUAGACAUAAGCUGUGAAAAGUCUACAGACCAUCAGGCAGAAGAAUUGAAAUCUGCAACAAAGAAAGAAAUCAACAUUCUGCGCAUGUGUGCGGGCCACCCACAUAUAAUUGAACUCCAUGAUGUUUUUGAGUCUCCUACCUUCAUCUUCUUGGUAUUUGAAAUAUGCAAGAAAGGAGAGUUAUUUGACUACCUUAAUCAGGUAGUCACAUUGUCAGAAAAAAGAACAAGAAUCGUCAUGAAACAGUUGCUUGAUGCUGUAGAGUUUAUACACGACAAGAAUAUUGUUCAUAGAGACCUCAAGCCAGAAAAUAUCCUCUUAGAUGAUAAUAUGAAUGUGAAGUUGUCAGAUUUUGGUUUUGCCACAGUUGUUAGUAAUGACAAUGAACUCUUUGAUUUAUGUGGCACCCCAGGGUAUCUUGCGCCUGAAGUCUUGAAAGUGUCCAUGUUUGAAGAUGUGUCAGGAUAUGGCAAACCAGCUGACAU